AUGCCGUCGCCAACCUACGGCGAUGGAGCCUCUCUGGCUCCGCCUCUUGCCUCCCUGGCGUCUACAUCGCAGAAUGCUCCUCGAUUUAUGGUCGAGCCUACCCCCGAGCUUCAGUCAAGAUAUAACCAGAUCCGACGAGAUACAGACCGCAUCAACCUACAGACCCAUGUCGCUGCCCAGAACAACCUCUUGCCUCCACCAAGGGCUCCUUCUAUGUCACGAAGCACAACGAAUGAGAGCCAAGAGAGCCGAAGCCCCAUUUACUCCCACACAAGCGACCUCGAGGCCGCCUUGACACGAGACAUGGCGGCGAGGGAUGCGACCGAAUCGAGAAAGCCUCGGGGUAAGAGAAAGGGGCCCCUCGACCCAAAGACAAGAACCUAUACAGCAGUAAAGCGGAAACUAGGACUCACAUGUCAACGUCACCGAACCAAGAAGACAGCUUGCAAUUGCUAUGAUACUACCAAGCUAGAAGCUGGCUAUCAGAGACACCUCUCUCGCAAUGCCGCAAGAUCAGCGGAUCCGAGUCUGUCCACAACUCGCAACGAACUGCCGACCCCAACAACUACCGCAGGGACGACAUUCGGCACAGGUGGCGCCGCCCCUUCGCCUUCCUAUCAAGAUAUCGAUAUAAAUCUCGACAGUCCUGUUCAACCGCCUACCGGCGUGCGUCCCAGCAUACAGCCGAUACUGACCUUCGACAUCGACUCAAUAGCGUCGGUCAACGAGAUGAUGCAGGCUCCCAUGGAACAGCCUUACUUUCCAGGCACAGCUGGAACUGCGCAACUCGCACCCACCAAAGACCAGCUUGAAUUACUUCCUAUUCCUAUUGGUAGCGAGACGUGGAAUUUCCGGAGUCGCUGGCAGUGCGAGUACAAACGACGCUCGGAUAUAUUAUCACGGACUUCAUCGGAGGGCUGCUCCUGGACAGGGCCGUUUCGAGAGCUGUGCAGUCACUUUCAAACAGCACACCACCCCUUUCAAGAUGCUCCAGAACCUCGCUGGUCCAUAUGCAACUCCUGCUCUGCCGUAAGCCUAGGCUGGGAGUCACCAUCAGUGCAUAUCGUGGACGGGUGUCCGGCUGUCUCGUGGCAGAAGUGGUUCUAUGGCACUAUCAAAGCCGAACCGGGCCCGGCAUCGCUGCCAGCCUUAACGCAGUCGGGUGAAUCGGAGAGCGGGUUCUCAUAUACACCCGACUACCCCUGGAGCAAUCCGCCGUGGUCGGGUGGAACAGAAGGAUCAAAUGGCUGGUACAACAACCCAUCCCCAGGUAACAACAGCUUCUCGGAGCGCUCGAAUAAUGGCAAAGACACAUCCAACAGGAACGAAGACGACUUCGAUCAUACCUUAGACCAUGGCGAGACCAUCGCCAUCGCCCAAACGGUGUACUGA